CAUCCUCCGCCAUUUGUCAAAACAGCAGCAGUUUGAAUAGAAAAAAUGCCGAGUCAAGAGGUGUCAACAACGAAUGUGGUGGUGGUUCACCCCUUGGUUUUGCUAAGUGUGGUUGAUCACUUCAAUCGCAUGGGCAAAAUUGGCAACCAAAAGCGUGUGGUUGGCGUCUUGUUGGGUUGCUGGCGAGCCAAAGGUGUACUCGACGUCUCCAACAGUUUUGCAGUGCCUUUCGACGAGGAUGACAAGGAUAAAUCCGUGUGGUUCUUGGAUCAUGAUUAUCUGGAAAACAUGUAUGGUAUGUUCAAAAAGGUGAACGCACGGGAACGAGUAGUAGGCUGGUACCACACCGGUCCCAAACUCCACCAGAACGAUAUCGCAAUCAACGAACUGAUUCGCAGAUACUGCCCCAACUCGGUAUUAGUAAUUAUUGAUGCCAAACCUAAGGAUCUCGGUCUCCCAACUGAGGCCUAUCAGGCUGUGGAGGAGGUACACGACGACGGCAGUCCAACUUCUAAAACGUUUGAACACGUCCCGAGCGAGAUCGGGGCCGAAGAAGCUGAGGAGGUUGGUGUGGAGCACUUAUUGAGGGACAUCAAGGACACAACGGUUGGCACUCUGUCACAAAGGAUUACCAAUCAGUUGUUGGGAUUGAAAGGACUACAUUCACAAUUGAGAGACAUCAGGGAUUACUUAAUACAAGUUAGUGAAGAGAAACUGCCUAUCAAUCAUCAAAUUAUCUAUCAAUUACAAGACAUUUUCAAUUUGUUACCAGACAUUAAUCAAGAGAACUUUAAUAAAGCCUUUUACGUUAAAAACAACGACCAAAUGUUGGUCGUUUAUUUGGCGGCCAUGGUCAGGUCUAUUGUUGCCCUACAUAACUUGAUUAACAACAAGUUGACAAAUAGAGAUGCAGAGGAGGGCAAAAAGGAAGAUAGUAAUAAGAAAGACAAAGAUAACAAAUCAGAUAAGGAUAAAGAGAAAGAGAAGGAUAAAGAUGCGAAAAAGGAUGAGAAGAAAAAAUAAUUUAUAAAUUUAUUUAAAUGUAUAUUUAGAAUAUCUUGUGUUUAAUGUUAAUAAAUUUUCUAUGAAAA